AUGGAGCCCGCGGCCACAGAUCCCACCGGAGACGCCUUGGCGGCGGCAUCGUCGCUCGUCUUCUUGGGCACUGGCUGCUCCGGCACGCUCCCCGACGCGCGGUGCCUCAUCCAGCCGUCCGCGCCGCCGUGCACCGUCUGCUCCCAGGCCCUCUCCCUCCCGCCGGACCGGAAUCCCAACUACAGAUGCAACACGUCCCUCUUGAUAGACUAUUGCCAUGACGAUGGCACGCAUAUGUACAUUCUAAUUGAUGUCGGCAAGACCUUUAGAGAACAAGUUCUCCGCUGGUUUGUUCACCACAAAGUUCCUUUCAUUGACUCGAUUAUUCUGACUCAUGACCAUGCGGAUGCUGUCUUAGGUCUUGUCGAUGUUUGGGUGGUACAGUCAAGUAACCAUAGAAAUGAUGUUGAUGAUCAAGUCCCGGUUUUCCUGUAA